AUGUUUCUCUCGAAUCCGAGGCGUCUUCUUCGUAUAUCCUGUGCUUUAGAUUCUUGGCGUUGGAUUUCUAAUGGCCGCAGCCACCACACUCAGGUUGAACCAAGAAACUUCGAUGAAGUUUUUGAUUACUUGGAUCAUGUUCUACGAGGAUGCACCAGCUUCAGACAAUGCAAACAAAUACAUUCCCAAAUCGUGCUUUUGGGUGGUUUGUCAACUGUGUUCUUGUCGUCUAGGCUCGUAUCUAUUUAUGGGAGAUUUGAGCUUCUUACUGAUGCUCGAAAAGUUUUUGAAUCUGUCCCAAUUGAAUGCCUUUCCAUCACGAUCAUUUGGAAUUCGAUGUUAAGAGCUAAUAUCACGAAUGGCGAAUGUCGAGAAACGCUUGGGGUUUAUACCCGAAUGAGGAACACCGGCUUUUUAGCUGAUGAGUUUAGUUUCCCUUUAGUAGUGAGGGCUUGCGCUACGAUGGGUCUUCGGAAUUCUUUUGAUUUAGUUCAUGGUCAUGUUCUACUAACGGGAUUUCAAGAUAACAUUCAUGUUGCAAAUGAAUUGUUGGCUGGGUAUGGCAAACUUGGGCAAAUGGCUGGUGCACGCCAACUGUUUGAUAGAAUGGUUGUUAGAAGCCACAUUUCUUGGAAUACUAUGGUUUCUGGUUUCGCUUUUAAUUAUGAUUGUGAGGGUGCUCUUGAGAUGUUUAAGAGGAUGAAACUUGAUGGAUGGGAGCCUAACAAUGUGACUUGGACUUCUUUGCUGUCAAGUCAUGCUAGAUGUGAUCGCCAUUGGGAAACAUUGAGAUUAUACAAUGUCAUGAGAAGUGAAGGUAUCUGGCCUGCUGCUGAAUCGCUUGCCGUGGUUAUAUCUGUUUGUAACAAUUCUGAUGUAUUUGAUAAGGGAAGGGAGCUUCAUGGAUAUGUUGUAAGGGUUGGUUUUGAAAACUAUUCGUUUUCUAAAAACUCUCUUCUGUGCAUGUAUGGUAGGCAUGGAGUUUUAGAAGCUGCUAAAGAUCUGUUUUCAGAGAUUAAGACAAAGAGUUUAGUGAGUUGGAAUGCCUUAAUAUCGUCAUAUGCUCAAGCUGGUUUAUGUGAUGAGGCUUUCGUUACGUUCUUACGGUUGGAGAAGUCAGAAGGAUAUCUCAUGCCUAAUGUUAUAAGCUGGACUGCUAUUAUAAGUGGAUUUGCUUCAAAUGGGAGAUCCAAGGAAUCUUUGGAACUCUUCAGGAAAAUGCAGCUUGCUAAAGUGAGGGCCAAUGUCGUAACUAUAUCUAAUCUCUUAUCAGUUUGUGCAGAUUUGUCUGCACUUGUUUAUGGAAAGGAGAUCCAUGCUCAUGUUAUUAGAGGCUUAAUGGACAGUGGUCUAUUAGUUGGUAAUGGGUUGGUAAAUAUGUAUGCUAAAUGUGGUAGCCUGAAGGGCGGGCAUAUAGCAUUUAAGAACAUAAAGGGCAAAGAGUUAUGCUCAUGGAAUACCAUGAUCAAUGGGUAUGGGAUGCAUGGACAUGGUGAGAGUGCCUUGCAAACCUUUAAACAAAUGAUCAGUGAUGGAUAUAAGCCUGAUGGGGUUACUUUUGUUUCAUUACUUUCUGCAUGCAGUCAUACAGGGCUUGUUGAUGCUGGUCGUAAGUUAUUUAAUGAGAUGAAAACUGAGUACGGAAUUGAACCAGAAAUGGAACACUACGCUUGUAUGGUUGACCUUCUUGGACGAGCUGGAUUUCUUCAAGAAGCAAGUGAUGUUGUGAAGAAGAUGCCGAUAGAACCCAAUGUAUGUGUAUGGGGAGCUCUUUUGAACUCGAGUAGAAUGCACAGGAACAAAGAUUGGGUUGAUGGGUCUGUUUCAAAGAUACUUGGCGUUAGUUCAGCUACUGGGAAUUACAUGUUAGUGUCAAAUAUAUACUCUCAAAGUGGUAGAUGGGAGGACUCUGCAAAGGUCAGAGGAUCGGCUAGGGCACUGGGUUUAACGAAAACUCCAGGUCAGAGUUGGAUUGAAUUGAACAAGAAGGUCCAUAUGUUCACAGCAGGGGACUUCGCGCUAGGUGAGAUGAAGGAAGUUCAGACACUGCUUAAGACUUUCAGUUUUCAAAUGAAGACAGAGGGCUAUUUUUCUCAUGAAAAGGCAUUUGGGCUUCAAAAUGCAGACGAAUAAAUUAGUUUUCAAUGGGAUCUUUGAAGGAUUCUCAUGGGUCAUGGCUACUUCAAGGCUGUCAACUGGUUAUGUAGUCAUUUUGACGCCUACAGAGAUACUCCCAACAUCAUUGACAAGUUCAAGAACGUUAAACGGAUUCUCCAGUUUCACAUGUUUUAUGAUUUCUCCAGAGCACAAUUAUGCAUUUCAUGCCUAGGUACGGGAAAAGAGGCAGAGGAAAGUAAUUUGCUGCAGAAAUUAUCAGAAGCUUGCAUAGUUGUUAUGCGCUGGAGCUUUCAGUGAGGUAAAAUAGUCAAUUUUGU